CGAUUGCAGUGUGAAAAUAAAUUGGUUUAGUUUUCACGCCAUUUAAAUAAAUUAAAAUUAACCGAAUUAAAUAAUGACAAACGAAAGCACAAAUGCUGCGGAGCGGCUAAAGUUGGGCCCACGUGAAGGUGUCACUUAUCCAGUGGUCAUGAAAUACUGCGGACACUGCAGCAUGCCAAUAGAGUACUGCGAAUACUAUCCAGAGUACGAAAAGUGCAAGGAGUGGCUGGAGCGCAAUCUUCCCGAUGACUUUGAGCGCCUCAAAAUCGAGGAAGAGCAGGCAUCGGCUGAUGGCACAGAUGAUGACAAAAAACGUCAAAAACGUGGUGGUAAGGGACUUCUACGUGUAAAGAAGAAGGAGGAUGUGCCCAAGCGUAUAUGUGUGUCACGCGCAGCCCGCGGAAAGAAGAAGUCUGUGACAGUUGUAACUGGUCUAAGUACCUUUGAUAUUGAUCUUAAAGUUGCUGCCAAAUUCUUUGGUACUAAAUUUGCCUGCGGCUCUUCGGUAACAGGCGAUGACGAGAUCGUAAUACAGGGCGACGUUAAGGACGAACUUUUUGAUGUCAUACCAGAUAAGUGGGCUGAAAUUGACGAAGAUGUCAUCGAGGAUCUGGGCGACUUAAAGCGUUAGUUAGUGAACGAUCAAAAGUUGGUCUUCUCUUGUUUACGAUCUGUGCUUAUUUUAUACGCAAAUUACAUCAAAUACAAAACAAGUUACAUUUUAA